GCUCGGGGGGCGUAUGGAGGGGCGUAUCUGGCCUGAACCAGAGCUGUGUGCUUCCGUGUUUACACACCCGCGAACAGGCGGCCGGUGGAACAGAAGUGAAGCGCACAGCAACCGGGAGAGAAGUGACACACAGGACUCCGACUGAAUGGUAAAAAGGAGGGAAAGCGGGCUCCAGAAUUGACUUUUACAGCGGAAUGUUCACUCGAAGGGGUUAUGGAGACGUCAAGAAAUCUACACAGAAAGUUCUGGACCCAAAGAAGGAUGUUAUAACCCGCCUGAAGCAUCUUCGUUCACUGUUAGAUAAUAGUGAGAGGAGUGAACUGAAGACAUUUUUUGAAGCCAACUGCUCACAGAUUUAUUUUAUCUUCUAUGAAAAUUUCAUUACACUGGAAAGUAACUUAAAGCAAAAAGGGAACAAAUCUCAACGUGAGGAGCUGGACUCCAUCCUCUUUAUUUUUGAAAAAAUUCUUCAACUUCUACCAGAGAAAAUCAACAGUCGAUGGCAGUUUCACAGUAUAGGUUCUAUUCUCAAAAAACUUUUGCACACUGGAAACUCUUUUAAGAUCCGCUGUGAGGGCAUACGACUGUUCCUGCUGUGGCUGCAGGCUUUGCAGACUAACUGUGCCGAGGAGCAGUUGCUCAUCUUUGCUUGUCUGGUACCCGGCUUCCCCGCAGUGCUGUCAUCCAGAGGACCCUGCACACUAGACACCAUCAUUUAUAAUCCCUUCUCCAACCCCGCUGAUGCCAAGAUUGUACCUGAGGAGAUCACCCCACUGGUGCCUGCUGUUCCUGGGGAGAAGGUAGCGGAUGACCAGACCUGCUACAUCCUCCAAACUGUGCUAAAGUUCAUGGUGAUCCAGGCAUCCAGUCUGGAAUGGCACAAGAAAGACAGUCAAGACUCAGGCUUCAGGUUUCUCUUCACCCUCUUUAAGAAGUACUACCUGCCUCACCUCUUCCCCUCCUUCACCAAGCUCACCAACCUCUAUAAACCAUCACUUGACCUACCCCACCACAGACCAAAGCCCCUCUAUUUGCCAGUGUCACGCAACAGUGAGAGUACAUUCUGCACAAGAGAUCAGUACCUGGCCCCUCGCGUGGCCUUCAUCACCUGGUUGGUCAACUUCUUCCUGGAGAAGAAGUAUGUGAGCGCAGUUACAACCAGCACUAAAAAUGGAGGCGAAGUUCUUCCCAAGAUUAUCCAGACUGUAACUGCAGGCAGUAGCAGUCAGGAAAAGAGUAAUGAGCCAGAACCUAAUGGGCCAGUAGAGCAGGAGAAGAACCACUCAAACAGCAGCACGCUGUCUGACCGCAGAGCCAGCAACUCCAGCUUGUGCAGCAUAGAGGAGGAGCACCGCAGCGUUUAUGACAUGGUGCAGUGCAUCUUGCUCUCCACACGAGACAAUGUCAACUUCGUCAAUGAGGUCUUCCACCAGGCCUUCCUGUUACCGUCCUGUGAGGCUUCAGCCACCCGUAAGGUGAUUAAAGUGUACAGGAAAUGGAUCCUGCAGGAGAGGCCCACAUUUAUGACUGAGCCUGAAAAGACCGAUCAGGAUGAGGAAGAGGCAGAGGAGGGGCUACAGCCCAUUCAGACUGACACACACACAUACUCACAGGUGCUGGAGAGCCAUGGACACAAGAGGUCGUCCAGCUGGGGGCGCACUUACUCCUUCAGCAGUGCCAUCAGCAGAGGCUGUCUGACUGAAGAACAGAACCAUGAUGUGAAGGCUGGCAUCCAGCCUACGCUACAGGUUUUUCUGACAAACUCUGCUAAUGUGUUCCUGUUGGAGCCAUGUCAGGAUGUUCCAAAACUGCUGGAAAAUCAAGUGGAGGUCUGCAGAGCUGUGCUCAGCAUCUACCGCCACAUGAUCAUGGAGCAAAACAUGAACAGACAGACUUGGGAGCAGAUGUUGAAGGUACUGUUGAGGAUCACUGAGGCAGUCAUGAAGAGACCACAGGAGGACCAAAGAAAAGAUAUUUUUGCCCAGAGCCUUGCCAGUGUUCUGUUUAGAACCAUAAUUGUGGCAUGGGUGCGGGCCAACCUGAGUGUGUUCAUCUCUCGGGAGCUGUGGGACGAGCUGCUGGCAGUGCUGUCCUCACUCAGCCACUGGGAGGAGCUGAAAGAGAAGAAGCAGCGAGGCAGAGGAGUGAUGCAGGAUUCUCAGAAGGCAUCAGCAGUAGCACGUUCAUUCUCUCUGAGCUGGAGGAAUUCAGGAGACCAGCCUGGAGCUCAAGAGCCCAUGCGCUUCCGCAGCGCCACCACCACUGGAGCCCCCGCUGUUGAGAAGGCCCGCAACAAUGUUAGACAGAAAGCCUCAGCUAAGCGAAGCCAGUCUAUCAGCAACUGUGUGCAUCUGUACGAAGCUUUGCCGGCCACUAAGAGUGUGCCGAUGCUGCUGCACACUGUCAGCUCUUUCUUACCUGGUAUCUCUCACAACUCUCACUGCUCUCACAGACUCUCAGACGUGGAAGAGUGUCAGUUGUCUGAAUGUGGUGGAGAAGGAGAGAUGGGGGAGGGAGACAGUCCUCUUGCUCGCAGCAGCAGCACCUCAGACAUCAAUCAGCAGCUCACGGACUCCUUCCCAGGUCAGAGGAGGGAGGACUCUCCAAACGCAGGCAGCUCUGAUGGUACAGUCUGGUUUUCUGAGAGCAGCUCAGUCGGGAAAAGGGAGAGUGAGGCUCCCACGAUUCUAGUUCGGCAGAGCAGCAGUCCAGGAGAUCUUGACUGUCCUGGAGAAGCAGGACUUGUCAGUACAAGGACCAAGCUGCAGGAGAAAAGUGAGAGCGUGAGUAGCGAGACUUCAAAUUGCUACCUCAACGAUGCUGACGUCAGUCUGCUGACGUGGCACACUGUAGAGGAGGAACCCGACUGCCCCUCUCCCAACGACGUCAGUGUGAGUGUGAGUGUGGGGGUGGCAGCAGACUCAGAGAGCCAGAGAAGCCUACUGCUCAGCCACUCCGAGGCACUGGCAGGUUCUGAGUGUGUCCACUCGCUCCACUCUGCCCCCCUGUCCCCAUGCCCCCCUGUUUCUCCUGCCCUGCUGCUGCCCCAGGGCUACAGCGAUGGCUCUCAGCUACUGGAGGAUGCCAUGCACAUGCCUCAUGAUCUGGACAGCAGCGAGUUUUUGGCUGAUGAUAUCAGCAUCAUUGCAGGCGGUUGUUUGACUGGCUGGCAUGCUGACUCUGCAUUUGUGAUCUGGAGAAGGAUUUUGGGAAUUCUGGGGGAUGUUAAUAGCAUCCGCUGUCCUCGUAUCCAUGCCAAGGUCUUCAGCUACCUGUAUGAGCUUUGGCACAAGCUUGCAAAGAUAAGAGAUAAUUUGGGGAUUAAUGUAGACAACCAAUCAGCUCUACCGAGACCUCUCUUCAUUCCUCCUCUCCGAAUGCUGGCUUCUUGGCUCUUCAAGGCCACAAUGCUCCCUGCAGAGUUUAAAACCGGGAAGCUGCAGGCCUAUAGGCUGAUUUGUGAGAUGAUGACUAAACAUCAAGAUGUGCUGCCCAACAGUGACUUCCUGGUACAUCUUUACCAUGUCAUGCACAAAGGCUUCACCAGUGACGACUCGGAUGUGCUGAACAUGAUGAUCAGGUGGUGUUCACCGCGCUUCUUCUUUUUGGGCCUGCCCGGCUUCACCAUGCUGGUGGGGGACUUUAUCACUGCUGCCGCUCGUGUCCUCAGCUCAGACUCUUUUGAGGCACCUAGGACUGAAGCACAAACAUUGCUUGGGUCUUUGGUCUGCUUUCCCAACCUGUACCAGGAGAUCCCCUCACUGCAGUCUUUACCAGGAACUCAAGACAUUGUGGUCGGCAAAGAGGACAUAAAGGACUACCUUGUGAACAUUCUGCUGAAGACAGCACGCAAUGAGGCAUGUGAAGGGGCCAGGUGUGUUGCUAUCUGCAGUCUGGGACUCUGGGUGUGUGAGGAGCUGGGGCAGAAGAAGAUUCAUCAUCAAGUGAAAGAUGCCAUCAAUGUACUGGGUGUCACAUUAAAGUUUGGGAAUAAGGCAGUGGCCCAUGUUGCCUGUGACAUCUUUCAGCUGCUAAUCUGUCACUGGCAGCACUUGCAGAAACUGGAGCAUGCCCUCCCUAAAAGAAUAAUUGAGAUUUUUGUAGCAACCAUUGCUUUUCUUCUACCCAGUGCUGAACACUCUACAGUGGAGGGAGAUAAAAAAUUAAUGGUGUCCCUGCUACUGUGCUUGCUUGACUGGUGCAUGGCUGUCCCUCUGUCCAUCUUACUGGAGCCCAUCACAAUGAAUGUGCUUGAUGAGCCAGUCUCUCAGAAAGCUCCUCUGUUGGACUACAUUUACAGGGUGCUUCAUUGUUGUGUAUCAGGCUCCAACCUGCACACACAGCAAAGCCACUACCUCCUCAGCCUGGCAGAUCUGUCUACGGACUACGACCCUUUCCUGAUGUUAGGCCAAGUCAGGAGUUCUGAGCCACCUCCUAUGCACAACGCCACUGGAGACUUUGGCAGUCUUCUCACUGUGGCUGAGGAGAAGAAGCGAAGGAACAUGGAGUUGAUUCCUCUCACUGCUAGGAUGAUAAUGAUGCAUCUUGUAAACCAUUUGGGUCACCACCCUCUUAGUGGGGGCCCUGCCCUUCUGCAUAGCCUGGUAAAUGAAAAUCACGAUAACCCAUAUGUGGAAUCAUCUGAACUUUCCUCUGAGGUCUUCAAGAGUCCCAAUCUGCAGCUAUUUGUCUUCAACGAUAGCACCCUGGUGUCUUACCUGCAAAUUCCUUCCGAUGGCUCCCCCACAAACCCCAAUGAACAUUCCUCCGAGGUCCGAGUUAUUGUGCGGGACAUCUCGGGGAAGUAUUCCUGGGAUGGUAGCGUUCUUUACAAGACUAUAGAAGGAGUGAGCCUGCAUUGUAGCAGUGGUGAAGACAAGACUUCCCACUGCCACACUGACCAUUCCUCUGCUGCCUCCAAGCCAAGCUCCUCUCACACCAGCAGAUGCUCCUCUGAAGUGGAGGUGGAGGACAGUGUUGAUGUACUUGACCAGCUGCUGGAGGACCUGGGCAUCAGCAGCCCAGAGUGCCUGGCACAGCCUCAGCAGAGACUCACUCAGCCAGCAUCACCACCCAUGGGCAUGAACCAUGAAACAGAGGGGGCCAUCAUGGAGGCCAUUCACAGACAGGCAAAGCAGGAGGAGGAGGAAGUGCUCUGGAGAUGGAGUGAAGACCCCAGUGUCAAAGCAGCCGGUCAGAGACAGCCCUCUGAGCAGGAGCCCAAGGCACCCUUCUACUUCUGCCGUCUGCUGAUCAAUGAGCUUGGCAUGAACUCGUGGGACCGCAGAAAAAGCUUUUAUCUCCUGAAGAAGAACUCCAAGCUUUUGAGAGAACUCAAGAAUUUGGAUUCAAGGCAGUGUCGGGAGACCCACAAGAUUGCCGUUUUCUAUAUUGGUGAGGGCCAGGAAGAUAAAUGUUCCAUAUUGUCAAAUACCGAAGGCAGCCAGGCAUAUGAGGACUUUGUCUCUGGGCUUGGUUGGGAGGUGGACUUGGCUACUCACUGCGGAUUCAUGGGUGGUUUGCAAAGGAAUGGCAGCACAGGAACCACAGCACCAUACUACUCUACCUCAACCGUGGAGGUCAUCUUUCAUGUGUCCACUCGUAUGCCCUCUGACUCUGAUGACUCCAUCACUAAAAAGCUUCGUCAUCUGGGAAAUGAUGAAGUGCACAUUGUUUGGUCAGAGCACACACGGGAUUACCGACGGGGCAUUAUCCCUACUGACUUUGGAGAUGUACUCAUCAUCAUCUACCCCAUGAAGAACCACAUGUUCUUCAUUCAGAUCAUGAAGAAACCACAGGUUCCUUUCUUUGGGCCUCUGUUUGAUGGAGCAAUAGCCACAGGGACGUUGUUACCCAGUCUCGUGCGGGCCACGUGCAUUAAUGCAAGCAGAGCGGUGAAGUCACGACUGACUCUCUACCAGAGCUUCUAUGAGGAGCGGGCUCUCUAUCUGGAGGCCAUCAUUUUGAACCACAAGGAGAACAUGAUGUUUGAGGAUUUUGCUGCCCAGGUCUUCUCACCCUCCCCCACCUACUACCCGAUGAGUGGUACAGCAGGCAGGCGUUGGCCAGGCAUGGUUUGGGACACGGAGUACUCUUGGGCUAAACUGGAGUGCUCUCUCAGAGGCAGCACAAGCGCUGAACUCAGCGUUACUGUGACAACCAGCGAGUCCACUGAGCAGGUUUCUCCCACCCUGCCCCGCGCCUCCAAAAACCGUGUUUCCGGAAAACUCCGCCGCUCGGCCAGCGCCAUCAGCAAAUCCUCCAACUGAGCUCCACCUUAUGCCAAUAACCACUUCACUAAGCCCCUUCAGACUGCAGUGUACUUCAACUGUACUGCAUGUGUGGAAGUGAAUGUAUGUAUGAAUGUAUGCCUGUCUGUGUUUUUCUUUUCAUUUUCUUUUUUUUUUCUUCUUCUUCUUCUAUGUGUCACUUGAAACUGGAAUUUUGUUCUUCUAGUUUGUACAUACAUUUUUCAUUGAAAUCUGCUGCCGUUUUUGAUUGACCUUUUGCUAGCAUUGGGAGAUGAUUCUGAGAUCACACUAUUGCGGUGUUUCGCCAAGGCUGAGAGUUAUUUCCAAUUGCACUUUCAGUUAGAGAACUCUGUUUGGUUUGCCAGUAGCAUUAUUGUUUUGGCUGGAGCAAAACUGUAAGGCAAACUAAAUGAGAAACUUAAACUGACGUCUAUGAAUGUUUAUUCUGAAAUCAAGAAUAUGAAAUAUGAAAAUCAUAGCGAUUAGUAACAGCAUUGGUCUGAAGCACUUUGAACUGCUGGACUUAAUGUAGAAACACAUCUCUGGAGGCAUGGAGGUUUAACCAUAGUGUCAGUCAUCCUCCCUUCAUUGUUUGUUUACUGUUUGUUCUCUAACCUGAUGCAGCUAUUCAGCUAUUACUGCUAUAAGCUGCAACCUUUUCACAAUACUUCCAUGAUGUGUUCCUUGACAUAACAGGAUGUGAAUACCCUUUAAACUGAAGCUCCAAAUGUCUUAAACACUGAAAAGUUGACAAAUGUCACAGCCAUUAAGGACAGGGUACUGAAUUCUCUACACUGACCCCCAUUCAGUCUUUCCCUGUAGUAGGAAGCAGUGGUGAGGCAGGGCUUCUGUCUUAGGUCAUUUUGCUGAUAUUCUCCUUGAGUGGUCAUUCAUAAAAGCUGCAUUUGAGAUUUAUGAGAACUUCAGACGUUACAGAGGAAAUUGACUCACAUGCACCAGCCAUAAGCAGAGUUCAGUCAUCAUAUUACCAAGUUCAGCAUGGUUCACAUGUUCUUAAGCCCAGAAAAUCAUCGACAUGUGGUUGUUGAAGUCCUAGACUAAAGUUGAGCCUACUUCUUUAAAAAAAAAAAUAAUAAUAAUAAUAAUAAAAAAAUAGCCCACUUUAAUACUAAGUGCAUGUCUGAGUGGACAAUCUGUUUGAUCUUUCUUAUUAAGAUGGGAUGAGUUGAAAUGAAAUGAGUUGAAAUGGUCUGUUUUAUUUUUGUUUUGUUUUGUUUUUUUGUUUGUUUUUUGUUGUUUUUUUUGUUGUUGUUUUUGUUUUUGUGCUCUCUUUUCCUUUUAAAUGGCUGGAGUAAUUAUUUUAUUUGUGAUUUAUGCAGCUAUGCUGGGUUGAAACUUCUCCAUCUGUAACUGUGUUGUGUUGUGUUAUGUCAAUGUGUUGGAUAAAUCUUCAUAAUCCAUAAUUCAUAAUCUGUAAAUUGAACAAGUCCUGUUUUUGUCUCGUAAUGCUACUAUGACAUUCCAAUGUUUCCUACAGUGGUGUAUCUGCACUCACUGAUGGUGAUAGUUUAGAGCUGUUCUUUGCUUUUCUUCUUUAAUGCUUUUGAUGUAUAUUGCUUUGUUUUAUUUGAUAAGGUUUGCUUUUGUUUUUGUUUGGUUUCUUACUGUAAAUACAUAAUAAUAUCUGCCAUUAUAAUAUGAUGUAUGCCUGACUACAUGCUAAAUGAAAUUGCCACCGGAGCCUCAGGUGAAUCUUAACUCCAUGCACUUGUGUGAGUGCGUGUGUGUGAAUGUGUAUGUGUGUAUGUAUUUUAUGGGGCUUGUAAUAGCUUAACACAGUGCCUGUGCAAUACCUGUCCAUAUUUCACCUCAUUGCUGACUGGCUGUAGUCAGACACUCUUUGUCCCUGUUCUUAUAUCUUCCAUGGCUGCUGUGCUGGAGAAGAGUGUGCUCUCGCUUGUCCAUUUGACUGCAGAGCAGAGGGCUUUAGUGAAGCUCCCAUACAUUGCGGUGCUGCAUGAGAGCGCUCGUCUCUGAUUAGAUGUCUGGAUAGCAGUGCUCCUCCACCUGCUCCUCUUCAUUCUCCUGCCAUACUGAGUACCCUCCACCAUAGCAGCAGGGAAAUGGGGCACAUGCCAGCGCUUUUCUCUCAUAAACUCACACUUUGGUGUUUGCUUGUUUCUUUCUUUCUUUUUAUUAUUCUUUUUAUUAUCUUUUCCAUUUGUUUCUUUUGUUUUUCCUUUGUCUUUUCAUUUUUCCAUUUUUUA